GCACGGGGGGCGUGGCCUUGCCGUUGCCAUGGCGUCGCUUCCGGUGCGGCGGGGCGGAAGUGGCGGGCGCUGCCGGGAGGCGCCGCUGAGCUCAUCUGGACACACCAACCCCACAACCCCCACCCCAAAAAAAAAAAAAAACAAACCAUGGCUGGGAGCUGGGAGCUGCUGAACCCCACGAGAGCGGACGGACAGAUGGCCUGACCCCCCCCUUUCCCCCUCCUCCACGACCGUGAGGAAGCUCCGACGGGACAAAAGCAGCGAAUUCCCCCGAUUCCUGAGGGAUUCCCAGGCGGUUCUGGAAAAGGGGGGGGAGGGGGGAACCCCAGCGACCCCCCUCCCCCUGGAGCGAGCCACAACCAGGUCCAUGGCGUGGGAGUGAGCGCUGAAGGAUGCUGAAGAAGAGCAGCUUGGUGGUGUGGGGGGCGGCGCUCUUCGUCGCCUGGAACGGCCUCCUCCUCCUCUUCCUCUGGAGCCGCCCGGCUUCCCCCGGCGAAGGCGACCGGCUGACGGCCGAGGUGAUCCGCUUGGCCCAAGAUGCCGAAACCGAACUGGAACGGCAAAAAGAACUCCUCCGCCAGAUCCACCGCUACAGCGGGCUGGGGGGGCGGCGGCGCGGGGUUCCAGUCACCCCUCGCCCCCCUCCGCCCCCCCGCCCUUCCCCGCCGCCGCGACUCCCCGAGCCCCCCGCCGCCGUUUUGCCGGUGCUGGUGAUGGCUUGCGACCGCAGCACCGUCCGGCGGUGCCUGGAUAAACUUUUACGUUACCGUCCCUCGGCUCAACGUUUUCCCGUCAUCGUCAGCCAGGAUUGCGGGCACGCCGAAACGGCUCGCGUCAUCGCUUCGUACGGCGACGCCGUGGCUCACAUCCGCCAGCCCGAUCUCGGCGACAUCCCGGUGCCGGCCGAGCACCGUAAGUUCCAAGGUUAUUACAAAAUCGCCCGGCAUUACCGCUGGGCGUUGGGCCAGGUUUUCCGGACCUUCCGUUACCGCGCCGCCAUCGUGGUCGAGGACGAUUUAGAAGUCGCUCCGGAUUUUUUCGAGUAUUUCCAAGCGACGUUCCCGCUCCUCCUCGCCGACCGCAGCCUCUGGUGCGUCUCCGCUUGGAACGACAACGGCAAAGAGCAAAUGGUGGACGUCGGGGAAGCCGAGUUGCUUUACCGGACUGAUUUUUUUCCUGGCCUCGGUUGGUUGCUCUUAGCCGAACUUUGGGAUGAACUUGAACCCAAGUGGCCGCGAGCUUUUUGGGACGAUUGGAUGCGCCAGCCCGAACAGCGCCGAGACCGCUCCUGCAUCCGCCCCGAAGUCUCCCGUACGAUGACGUUCGGUCGCAAAGGAGUGAGCCACGGGCAGUUUUUCGACCAAUAUCUGAAAUUUAUCAAACUGAACGACCGCUUCGUGCCUUUUACCCAGCUGGAUCUUUCUUACCUCAAAAAGGAAGAGUACGAACGUUUUUUCCUCGCGAAGGUUUACGCCGCGCCGGAGGUGAGGGUGGAGGAGCUCCAAGGGAACCGCCGGCGGGAGCUGGGCACCGUCCGCUUGCAGUACAGCGGCCGCGAUUCCUUCAAAGCCUUCGCCAAAGCCCUGGGGCUCAUGGACGACCUCAAAUCCGGCGUCCCCCGCGCCGGUUAUCGCGGCAUCGUCAGCUUCGUCUAUCGGGGGCGGCGCGUUUAUCUCGCGCCUCCCUCGGACUGGACGGGUUACGAUCCCAGUUGGAGUUAGCGGGGCGCCGUCGCUGCGCGGGGGGGGGAUUAUUUUUUUUUUGUGUGUGUGCGUGCGCGCGCCCCCCUUUUUCAUCAUCUUUUUAUUUGUAUUUUUUUUUUUGUUUCGGUGUGGCUUCAGCGGGGUGGGAGGCGGCGGGGGGGGGGAUAGGAUUUUUGGCACCCAGCAGCAGCAGCAGCAGCAGCAGCAGCAGCAAAGCGCCGCUUCUCCGGUGCCGCUGCGGGGGAAGAUUUGGGGUGAAAGUGGCUCCGAGCGGAGAAAUUAUUUUCCAGAAUAAAAGGAAAAAAAAAAAAAAAAAAGACUAAAUUUUUUUAAAACAAAACAAAACAAAACCAAAAAACCCAAAACCCCACAAAAUUCAGAUUUUAUUUGCUCAGCUCAUCCACACCGCCCAGGCUCUGUAUUGCACUCUAGGGCCUUGUCCCUGUAUUCAGCUUGAUGCUCUGGGUGCUGCACGCUGUAAAGCGAUCUAUAUGGGUCUGUACAGAUCUAUAGGGGUCUGUACGCAUCCAUAGGGGGUCUGUACAGAUAUAUGUGCCCUGGUUCCUAUAGGGUCUCAGCCCUAUUCCAGGCCCUAUAUUGGGCUGUGGGGUCUAGAAUCUCUAUAAGAGUCUGUUCUAGUCCCUAUAUGUGAUUGUACACCCUGGACCCUAUAUAUAUACCAUAUAUAUGUAUAUAUACAUAUAUAUAUGUAUGCAUACACACCAGGCUGUUGGGUGCCAUAGGGUUUGGGCUCUGUGGUUUUGUCCCUAUAUCAGGCUAUAGGGUCUGGGUAUCACACUCCAUACGUUCCCCUCACCCUAUAUCACAGCCCGUUUCACAGCCUGCUCGCUGGUCUGUACGUUCUGCCCCAUAUGUUCCACUGCUGGGGUCUGAGGGGGAGCAUCGUUUCUGCUGCUAAAAAGCCCCUUUUGUGUUUAAAAAAGAAAAAGGAAAAAAAAGACCCUUUUUAGUUUAAA